AUGCCUCCCAACGGUUAUGCGUUCCCACCGAUGAUGCCUCAUCCUCCAUCGGCCAACGGCGGUGUUUCCCCUUCUAGCCCAACCUCCGCAACGCCUAUGCAAAUGCCCCCCUACGCUUCUCCUUAUGGAAUGUGGUAUCCGGCUCCCCCCGGAAUGGCAAUGCAGGCCCCCCCAGGCGUAAUGGCAACUACUGGAAUGCCUCCCAUGAUUCCAAUGGGACAUUUCCCUCCGCAUGGUGCCAUGUACCCACCUCCUCCGCAACAGCAAACUAUCGGGGAUGCACAAAACCCUGAGCAAGCAAACGGUGCAGGCUGGACACCCGGACCCGGUGGUCUCCCUCCAAAGGAGGUUGCCCAGACAAUUCUCUGCCGAUUUGGCUCUUCGUGUUGGUUUAUGCAUCCAGGAGCUGAGUCGAAUAAGCAGCCACAGCCAAAUGGUAACCAGCAAGAGGGCCAGUCAUCUGGUGCCUAUCUUUCCAAUCCGUUACCACCCCCUGUCCAAUAUAGAUCUUCUGGUCCUUGGGACCCAUCAGCUGCCCCAGUCAACAAUGGUACCGAUGCAAACAAAGGGCCCUAUCCAACUCCGGUACCCGGACCUCAUCCAGCUGGGUAUGGUUUGAUGUAUGCGCCAUAUCCAUUCGUGAAUGGAUAUCCUCCCAUGUAUCCCCCAUCUCAUCCACAGCAGCCCACAGCAACUGCUGCUAAUCCACAGAGCCCAUCACAGCCACCACGGCAAAUGUCUCCACACGGGGAUCAGCAAAACGCGCAACAACAGGCAGCGUCUCCACACCCUCAUUCCUCAGCUGUUCCUUCUCCGACCGUCGGCAACCCACCAGGCAUGUUCCCUGUGAAUGGAGCACCAGGUGCUUGGUAUCCUGCUUCGCCUGGAUCCUUCCCCCCCAAUAUGCAACAACAACCAAUGCCUCCGACACUCCAGACGAUGUCUUCGCCACAGGUACCGCCAGGUAUGAUUUCGUCGCCCAUCAGCCCUGUCAGUCCCGGACAACCAAACGGCCAACCAAUUCAAACCAUGGGCUUACCGUCUCAACCAAUUAGCCCUAGUACGUUCAAUGGACCUCCACAACAACCAG